AUGUCCAAACUUAUGGGCUACUCUAUUGUUUCAAUGCAAAAGGCCAUAUUGACUGGAACCCCGCAAAAAGUGGACGAUCGACGCUUCUACCGCCGGAAUGGACCGAAAAGGUGGCUGCAUGGAGGUGUCUUGAAAUAUGUCAACCCUCUCGUCGGCACCCGGGGCUACGAUCCCAACGAUCUCGGCGGCAUGAUUCCGUCCGUAUCGCCGCCAUUUGGAAUGACGCGAUGGACGCCUCAGACGCGCGAAAACUUCAUCUCACAAGUCCCCUACAACGACCGCGACCGCCGCAUGCACGGCUUUCAAGCGACUCACCAGCCGGCCAUCUGGAUAGGCGAAAACGGCCAUGUAGCGCUUAUGCCAGGGCUUGGAGAUGAAAUACACCACCAGUUCCAGCACCGGGGACUGGCAUUCAAAAAGGGAGAUGAGAGGAGCACGCCCUACGUAUACGAAGUGACGCUUGAUGCAGACUCGGGGGGCGAAUUCGGGUGGAAUCUCACCGAACAAGCAACAUCAGAUCUUCUCGGAGAUGCCUGUCCUCCAUGCCCAGGAGGCGCCAACUUUAUCCCAAAUAAGGACGUGAUUGAGGGCGCCAACGGUCGUCCUUAUUUUAUUAUACAGGCCAGCCGCCUCAAUUGGACGGGCCACGUCGAGAUUGACCCCGAGACUCAGGAGGUAUCUGGAAGUAAUAGCCAGCGACAGGAAUACUUGCUGGGCCCAGAUAAGCCGGAGUCAUUUAGACUCUACUUUGUAUCGCGCUUUUCUGCACCGUUUGCCUCCUACGGGGUUACUAGAGCGGGUGAGUUGUACAAAGGGCGAAAAUACAUUGAGGAUAAGUUUGUCGGUGCAUAUGUCACCUUCGAUGAGUCGGUUCAGAGAGUUGAGGUGAGGACUGGAGUCUCGUAUGUAAGCGUGGAGCAAGCAAGGAAGAAUCUCGAUAUCGACAUACCAGAUGGGACAACAUUCGAAACGACAGUCGACAACGUCAAGUCCGCCUGGUUAGAAAGACUCGGCCGCAUCAAAAUCUCUGGAGUGAACGAGACCGAUGCAGACCACGACCCCCAAACCAUCUUUUACACGGGCCUUUUCCACGCUCUUCAGUAUCCUAGCGACUAUUCCGAGCCUACAACUUCGUCUGAGGGUGGUUUGCGCCGCUUCUAUAGUGGAUACACAGACAGCGUUCAUGAAGCAAAUGAUUCAUAUUACCAGUCGUGGUCGAUCUGGGAUACGUACCGAGCAGAGCACUCGCUGCUUACCAUCUUUGCUCCGGAUCGGGUCGAUUCCAUGAUGCGCUCUCUAUUACGGAUAUUCGACUGGUCUGGUCGAUUGCCCCUGUGGAACAACAUGAUUGAGAAUAACGAAAUGAUUGCAACUCACGUUGACGCUGUGAUUGCAAAUGCCUUGAUCCGAGGAUUUGACGACUUUGAUGUCGCUAAAGCGUGGGAUGCCGUCUAUGUAGACGCUUACGUGCCACCUGAGAAUGACACCGACUUGCUUUAUUACUCCAGAGAACCAAGCACUCCUUACGAAUGUCGAGCUGGGCUAACAAGCUACCUCGAACACGGAUGGGUCGACAAUGAUCGCUGGGCCGAGUCUGGUAGCCGCACUCUUGAUUAUUCUUUCGAUGACUAUGCUGCUGCUGUAGUUGCCGAACAUGCUGGAGAUCUCGAACAUGCAAAGGAGCUGAGAGAGCGUUCGCAAAACUACAGGAAGCUCUGGAACCCAGAAACCGAGUUUAUGCAGGCCCGCAACGCAAACGGUUCGUGGGCGAAUGAUACUUGGGGAUGGACCGAAGGCGAUAAAUGGAUCUACACGCUGAAUGUAAUGCACGAUGUUGGUGGCCUGGCUUCGCUAUUCAAAGGCGGCAAGAAGGCCAUGAAGGCUCGCAUGGACGAAUAUUUCGCGGGAGGCCAUAAUAUGCACAGCAACGAACCUUCGCAUCACGCUCCUUAUUUAUACUCUGCUAUCGGGUAUCCUGCCGAUGCGGCACGACAAGUUCGCGAACUUGCGUGGGAGAACUACAACGCAACGGCGUCAGGGCUCAGCGGCAAUGAGGAUUUGGGGCAAAUGAGUGCGUGGUACGUUUUGUCGGCGCUGGGCUUCUAUCCUGUCAACCCGGCGAGCGACGAGUAUGUUGUCGCCACCCCAUUCUUUGACAAGGUGGAGAUUCAACUACCUCCGGGGCCGGGAGAUGAUGGAAAAGAGCACACGCUGGUUAUUUCAGCACCGGGAGCGGGCUCUGAAGGGAAGGCAUUUGUGAAGAGUUUAAAGGUUGAUGGAGAGGAAGUCAAGACACCAUUGUUGAAACAUGGGCAGUUUGUAAAGGCGAAGAAGAUUGAGUUUGAGAUGAGCAGUGAGCCAACAGAUUGGGGACGAGAGGGGACGGUGUAAGCUGAAUAUUUAUGGAUGCUCUGUUACUUGACUCUAUGAGGGUAUUACAUUUUUCUAGCUGAUGAUGAAUUAUAUUACAAAUGAAUAGCAUAUUAUGGACAACCGAAUCACUUGCCAGCAGCCGCUCUUAUUCUCGAUAGUGGCC